ACUUUGUGACAUUCAGCAUGAUGAUGGAGAGAGUGCUAUUAUUGUUUGAACUAGUGGCUCUAGCUACUUCAUACACUAUACCAAUUUCCCCUUUGGUGCAUGAGGUAUAUGAGAAUAGUGAGGAUGAGAACCCCAUCCUAAACCUUGGUUCAGAUGCCAACCUGUUUGAAGGGGACAUUUUAGUUCCAGAUGGAAGGAAUGCCCUGAUUGACAAAAGAUACAGAUGGACAUUUCCAAUUCCUUAUAUUCUGGGUGAUGACUUAGAUCUGAAUGCCAAGGGCUGUGUCCACCAGGCUUUUGAAAUGUAUCGGCUUAAGUCUUGUAUCGACUUCAAGCCUUAUGAAGGGGAGAAGACCUUUAUCAAGUUUGAAAAGAGAGGGGGGUGCUUCUCCAGCGUUGGUGACCAGCAGACUGGUCAGAUUUUAUCUUUGGGGUCAGGCUGUGACCACAAGGCAGUGAUUGAACAUGAGCUACUCCAUGCGCUGGGAUUUUACCAUGAACAGUCCCGCACAGACAGGGAUGACUAUGUUGACAUCUGGCUAGAUCAGGUUACACCAGGAUUUGAACACAACUUCAACACAUACAAUGAUGACUACAUAACUGAUCAAAACACAGCGUACGACUAUGAGUCCAUCAUGCAUUACAGGCCCUUCUCCUUCAAUAAGAAUGAAUCCAUUCCCACCAUCACCACAAAAAUCCCAGAGUUCUACAACAUCAUUGGCCAGUACCUCGACUUCAGCAAGAUGGACACCCUCAGGCUCAACCGGAUGUACAACUGUUCUGGCCCUCUCACUCUGCUGGACCAGUGUGCUUUUGAGUAUGCCAGCCUCUGUGGGAUGAUCCAGGCCUCCUCUGAUGAUGCUGACUGGGUUUAUACCAAGAGCAGAGUUGGUGCAGAGGAUCACACACUCUUGGGAAAAUGGGGAGAGACUGGGCACUACAUGCACUUCAGCACAAUGACCGGGAAGCCUCAGGAGUCUGCUCUGCUGGAAUCCCGAUCCCUCUAUCCCAAGAGGAAACUUCAGUGUCUGCAGUUCUUUUACAAGAUGACUGGAAACCCCAAGGACAGGCUGGUGAUCUGGCUCAUGAUGGAUGAUGGGACAGGCACCAUUCGUAGAAUGAAGAAAAUACACACCUUUUAUGCGGAUUCUGACCACAAUUGGAAAAUUGGCCAUGUCCCAUUGAAGGUAGGGGUGAAAUUCCGUUAUGCUUUCCAAGCUGUGCGCGGUGACCCCUCUGCGUCCGCUGGUGGCAUCUACAUCGACGACAUCAGCCUGACUGAGACGCGGUGCCCCAAUGCCGUGUGGAGAAUCCGGAACUUCACAAAUAUCAUGGAAACAGCUGACAUCAACACAGUAAUUGACAGCCCUCGCUUCUACAGCCCUGAAGGCUAUGGUUACGGUGUCCGCAUGAUGCCUUUGUCGAGUUACACUGAUUACACAGGAAACUACACUGGGCUGUACUUCCACCUGGCCAGUGGGGAGAAUGACGCAGUGAUGCAGUGGCCAGCGAUAAAUAGACAGGCCACCUUGGUAGUGAUGGACCAAGACCCCGACAUUAAGCUGAGGAUGUCCUCCGCUCGCAGCCUCACUACUGAUAUGAUGACUACAUCAGAUGGAAAGUUUUUUUGGGACAAUCCCUCUAAGGUCGGGAAGUAUGACCCUUACUGUGGUUGCUACAGAAGUGCAUCAUGGGGCUGGCGUAAUUUUAUCAAGCACUUUGACCUGCGACGGCGUAAUUACCUCAAGAACGAUGACCUCAUCAUCUUUAUUGACUUUGAGGACAUAACAGCACUGAUCAAAACAGAAGUUCCCAUUAAGCCAAAAGAGUAAGGUCAGGCAUGCUUUUAUAUGAUGAGGAACUGGAGAUGCAAUAUUUGUAGCUGGGAUGAGAAGACAAACCUGUGAAGAUGAAGAAAGGAUAGAAGAUACUUCAGUGACACAGUAUAAGAAUUAUACUCAUAUAAAAAGUAAAAGUUAUAUUUGGUAUAUAAUCUGUAUGUAAAAGUUAAAAUAUAUGCCUAACAACCAAGUUCUCUCUCAUUGAACUGUUGUCUUAAUA